AUGUCCAUCUAUUUGCUCUUAGUGUUAGAAUACCAAGGUAGACCUUGGAGGAUCUGAUUGCCAACUUACAGGGCAAUAUUAUAGUAAACAAGAUCAAAUUUGUGUUAGUAAUAAAAAAUUUUAACUAUCUUAGAUUGUAUUGACAACUGUAAAGUUUGUGAUGCUUCUGAUACUUGUGUAACCUGUGAAACUGGAUUCAAAUUAUAAUCUGGUCAGACUUGUCUUAUUAUUUCUAAUUCUAAUGGCUUUUAACAUACAAUUGCUGUUGCUAUAGGAACGAUUGCAGGAGGAGCUUUAAUUGUUUUUGCUACUAUUGUAUUAAAAAAUUUGCAUUUGUUCAUGUUGUUCCAAAAUUAUUUAAUAAUAUACCUAUCUAAUUUAACCCUUAGAGUUGUAACUCUGGAGCCUCAGUUUCAAAUUUGGAAUAGUUACCAAAUAUAUCAAAAUAAGUUUGAAUAAGCUUUCUCUAAAGUUUAAUAAAGAAGACAGUGA